AUGUUUAUCCUGACCAAAUUUUCCGAUCUGGUGCAGAUCUCUCCAGAAGACUUCUCAAAACACAGCAUCGUGGCAAUAGAGGAUAACAUUAAUGCAAAGUACGCAAACAAGGUGGUUCAAAAAAUCGGACUAUGUAUAUCAUUAUACGACGUCUUAUGGACGUCUGAGGGUCUGAUAGGCCAUGGAACAGGCUUGGUCAAUGUCAAUGUCGAGUUUCGAAUGAUAGUCUUUAGACCUUUCAAGGGCGAGGUCAUGCUUGGCAGAAUACGCAGCUCGACUCCUUCUGGAAUACACUUGAGAACAGACUUCUUUGACGACAUCUUCGUGCCAUAUGAGGAGCUACCCCAGGGGGCUGAAUAUAAUCAUAGCGAGCAAAUUUGGAUAUGGAACUUUGAUGAAGAACGCCUAUUUUACGAUAACCAUGAAAUGGUUCGUUUCCAGGUUAUCGACGAAGAAUGGCACGACCAAACCCCUGCCGGGCCUACUGCAGCUGAAGACACGCCGGCAAAGACUCCCUACAAGAUCAAGGGCAGCAUGGCGGCUGAAGGUCUCGGAGUAUGCUUAUGGUGGGAUGGUGCUUAA